AUCUAGAUCCAACUCCACCCCCUGGAUCUUGUGUUCUGCAGUGAGGACCAUCUCAUACAGCUGCGGCUACUGGGCAUGCGCAUUUACAUAUUUUCCGAGCCAACAAUAUAAUGUGAAACCUAUAAAAAUGGUUUUAAAAAGCACAUGGCGUCGUAGUUUCAUCACUUUAGAGUGUCGCAGUGACCGUCUUUUUGCAGUAAAGGACCUGUCAUAGUUUAAUGAGUGGGAAGAUGACAUGAAGCGUCACGGUUAACCUACAUUGAAAACAGAUGAGCGCACAUGUGCAUAUAAAGCUCCUAUUCGGGGCGAAGUUCAUGGGAUUUUGUCCACAGAAUGAUAAGAGCACACGUUUAAACAUUAUUUUAUUAUUUCUCACUCAGUAUUUUAACUUAAGCGCUGCAUCCAUGCAUACAGCGCCGGACAUGACAGAUUUUAUGGUGCGCAAAGCAAGUAGACUGUAAAGGAAUACCUUAGCUUAUUGCUGUUACCAUGGCAGCCAACAACAGCACAACUUAACCCUCCGCACAUAUUCAUAUCAGUCGAUCUUUUUUACCCCGUUUUAACAUGUAUUUCUAUGAAGACAGGCAGCAGCGGCUGCACAUAAUAUAAGCCUUCUGAUUGGUCAGAUGGCAUGUCAAUCAAGCUCUUUGCAAACGGUCAAUUCUUGCGUGUUUUCAUGACAAAACGUGGUUUAGGGACCAAAUCGAGUCGUUGGGUGACAGAGUUGUUGUCAGCUCGUGUAGUGUGUAACCCCUGGUUGCUGAUCAUUUAUACAGAGUCACAUAGUGUGAACACCACAACGACUUAAAGACAGACAAUCAAGUCAUGUAGUCUGAACAGCACAGCGAUCUGCCUACGUGUAAAGUCGUGUAGUGUGAACUAGGCUUGAGUGUAGUCUCUGUUCGCAAGGAUCGACUUAAGGCACGUUUUUGCAUUUUUUUGGGGGGGAGUGCCUCUCUCUCUCACCUUUUUGGACUCAGCUCUCACGGGACCUAUCAUAUUUGUUGGGUACUGAAAUAUGUUUGACUCCGCGCCAUUUUUUCAUGAAUGACUUUUGGGACUUCACCUUGUCCGGCCAACAAAGAUGGUCCUGCAGAGAAUGUGGUACAAGAAGUCGCUGCUGGAUUGGCUCAGCCUGAAUCCCGCCAUGACGAUUCUCUUCAGAUCAUUGACAGUAUUAUAGAAGAGAGUCAGAAAAGUGGAGUGGAAGAUCAGUUGUUGAGAGGAGAUGAGGCCUGUGCGGCCACAUCUGAAGGGGAGAGGGCAGAAGCAGAAGGCUGCAGUGUUAAAGAAAACCUGGUUCCUGAGGGAGCCCUAGUGCCUCCAGAGGGUCCUGAUGUAACGCCACAUGAGUCGGGUUGCAUUGAGCAGUUGCCUGAUGUAAGGCCGAAGGAAGUGAGGUCACAGGACAUUCAGGACAGAGCACCGGAUGUGGCUGGUCCUGCCCAAGCAGGUCAGGACCAGGCUAUGCCACCCCCACCUGACAUUACAAGCGCUUUGGGUCAGCCAUCACAACCCGCGUCCCUGCCUUGUGCAGAAACGGCUUAUAUUCUUGAGCAGGUCCCUAUGAGUGAUGCAGAUGGCCCUGGCCCCUCCAAACCUCCCAGACAGUUUACAGUGGAGCCAGAUAUUGUAGCUAGCACCAAGAAGCAACCGCCCUCAAGGCCACCUCCGCCCUCUGGGGCUCCACCUCCAAGGCCACCUCCCCCCUCACGGCCCAGCUUUUCUGCUAAAAAAUCCCAGGAACUGAUGCGACCAGCAGGGCUAGAAGUCUCUGUAGAGCCAGCGGACGAGCUGUGUGGAUUGGUCAGCCCAAACGCCACAGUACGAUGUAUUGCUAAAGAACUCCAGCACUCACUGGACCUCGCUAGUGCCACUAGUGGUGAUAAAGUGGUCACUGCACAGGAAAACGAUGAGCAAACAUCAAGUCCUACUGGAAGCGAGACUGCUGGACCGCAAAGACCAAGAUCCAACUCAGGAAGAGAGCUUACAGAUGAGGAGAUUCUUGCAAGCGUGAUGAUCAAGAAUCUGGAUACUGGUGAGGAGAUCCCUUUGAUCCAGGCAGAAGAGAAACUACCGACUGGAAUCAACCCGCUCACACUGCACAUCAUGAGGAGAACCAAGGAGUAUAUCUCAAAUGAUGCAGCACAGUCGGAUGAUGAUGAAAAGUCCCAGCCUGCUCUUACAGACACAGAUGGAGGAAAACUGAAACAGAGAACUACACAGCUGAAAAAGUUUCUGGGCAAGUCUGUGAAGAGGGCGAAGCACUUGGCAGAGGAAUACGGAGAGAGAGCAGUAAAUAAAGUCAAAAGCGUUCGGGAUGAAGUGUUCCACACAGAUCAGGAUGACCCAUCCUCCAGUGAUGAUGAGGGGAUGCCGUACACCCGACCGGUCAAGUUUAAAGCUGCUCACAGUUUCAAAGGGCCCUUUGACUUUGACCAAAUCAAAGUAGUGCAGGACCUGAGUGGAGAACACAUGGGUGCCGUCUGGACAAUGAAAUUCUCUCAUUGUGGACGGCUGUUGGCUACAGCAGGGCAGGAUAAUGUGGUUCGGAUCUGGGUCCUAAAAAAUGCCUAUGACUAUUUCAACAACAUGAGAAUAAAAUAUAACACAGAAGGACGUGUGUCACCAUCUCCCUCUCAGGAGAGUCUUUGUUCCUCAAAAUCAGAUACUGAGGGAGGGUUUGGUGCUACAGUGGAAGAUGCAGACACUGAGGACAGAAACGUGCCAUUCCGGCAAGUUCCGUUCUGCAAGUAUAAGGGUCACACUGCUGACCUGCUGGAUCUGUCCUGGUCCAAGAACUACUUUCUGCUGUCAUCAUCAAUGGAUAAGACGGUUCGUUUAUGGCACAUCUCCAGGAGGGAGUGUCUCUGCUGUUUUCAGCACAUAGACUUUGUUACAGCCAUCGCAUUUCAUCCCAGGGAUGACAGGUAUUUUUUGAGUGGUUCUUUGGAUGGAAAAUUACGGUUAUGGAAUAUUCCAGAUAAGAAAGUGGCACUGUGGAAUGAGGUGGACGGACAGACACGUCUGAUAACAGCAGCUAACUUCUGCCAGAAUGGAAAAUAUGCAGUUAUUGGCACCUAUGAUGGACGCUGCAUUUUCUAUGACACCGAGCGCCUUAAAUAUCACACCCAAAUCCAUGUCCGCUCCACUAGAGGCAGGAAUCGUGUGGGCCGCAAAAUAACCGGUAUUGAGCCGCUGCCAGGAGAGAACAAGAUCUUGGUGACGUCAAACGAUUCUCGCAUUCGCCUGUAUGACCUCAGAGAUUUGUCUCUGUCUAUGAAGUACAAAGGCUACGUGAACAGCAGCAGUCAGAUCAAAGCCAGCUUCAGUCACGACUACUCUUUCAUUGUGAGCGGCUCAGAGGACAAGUAUGUGUACAUUUGGAGCACAUACCACGACCUGAGCAAAUUCACCUCUGUACGGAGAGACCGCAAUGACUUCUGGGAAGGGAUCAAAGCCCAUAAUGCCGUAGUUACUUCAGCCAUUUUUGCUCCGCAUCCGGAUCUCAUCGUGCCUCAGGAGGCAGGGACAGAGAAGCCAGACUCGGACUGUAAGAGUGACAGCACAGACGACUCUGAGACCAUCCCAUCAGGGGCCCUGAAAACAGACCACUCUGAAGUUUUGCUCUCUGCGGAUUUCACUGGAGCCAUUAAAGUUUUUGUCAAUGUUAAGAAAUACUGAGUGCUUGUGCUGAAUAGGACACCCAGCAAGUAUAUAGAAUUAAUUUAAAAGCUCCUCUCAGCUUUUGGACAGAGCUAAAACAAAAUCAGUGCCACUUUACACCUAACUGAGCCCCCAUUCAUUGACCAAUCAGCUGCUGGAGAGUGCUCUGGGAGGCGGAGAUUAUAAGCCCCGCCUUGUAUGCAGAGAACAGGGACCCAGGAAGUUGGAAGGCGGGGAUGGUUGAGGAGCAGGGACAAACGUCAUUACAGCUAUACACCUCUUUCUUUACCUUUCUUUCUUUUUAAUUUGAUAUCAUUUGAAGAGGUAUUGUUACUGUAUGUACAAAAAGGGCUUUAAUUUGCAUAGAGCAAUGAUGCCAUUUUAAUGGAUGAGUGAAACUGCAAGCCUGUAUGGAGACAGAAUGGAUAUGGAAGACACAGGUAGUCAGCCCUUCAAACACACACACACACACACACACACUCGAAUUUCCCCCUGCACACUUUAACCCUAAAGUCAAUGUUUCUGGAAAACACAAGAUCUCACAUUUCUGACAUGAGCACUAACUGAACUCGUUUCAAUUUUUGAAUCUUUGUCAGUGUUAUUUUAUGUUGUACAAAAUAAUUGAACCUGAUUUUUUUAUGUGUAUGAUUCCAGAAAUAAAAAAUAUAUAAAGAUUU